GGUAGCGUUAUGGUGUGGGGUGGAAUAACAGCACGUGGAAGGACCCCUCUACAAAUUGUCAAUGGAAAUUUCACCGGCGUACGCUAUCGAGACGAAAUUAUUCAGCGCCAUGUGAUACCCUUUAUACAGAGACAGCAAAAUCACAUCACUCUACAGCAAGACAACGCAAGGCCACAUGUUGCACGUGUAGUCAGGGAUUUUUUCUCUCAACAGAAUGUCGAUGUUUUGCCUUGGCCAGGUGUUUCCCCCAAUUUAUCGCCGAUCGAGCACGUCAGGGAUGAAAUGGAACGACGUUUACCAAAUCAGCCAGUGAAUUGGCUGAUUGAGGUCAGGCUUUAACCAACAUCUGGAACAACAUCCCUCGAGCAUUUAUGAACACUUUAGUGGCAUCAAUGAGGCGCCGUUGUCAAGCAUGCGUGAAUGGAAAUGGUGGUCACACGCGUUAUUAAAUUUGUUAAUUCAAGUUCGAAUACCAGUGUCUUUCGAGUGUGCUGAAAUUGAUGUUAUUCGACGUUAACAUUAAUGGAUUAUGAAAUGUUGUAACGAAUACAUUUGUUAACAGUAUUACAAAAAAAUAAGAUUUGUUCAUUGUAAUAUUUUAUCAUUUUUUCAUAUAUUAAAUAAUCCAUAGUUUCUUUUUUUCCGCUAGUAUAUGAUUGCAAUAAAGAAUGUUCUGCCUAAUCUGUCAGUAGCUAAUGUCCUCAUUUAUACAAAAUAGAUUUAACGAGCUUUAGCAUGUUCGAUUCAUUAAAUCAAUAUUUCGAUUAACCUUAACAAGAAAACAUCACUACACUGGAUUCAUUUAUUUUACAAAAACGUAUAGGUAACAUCAUGUGUAUUCAGGAAGGUGUCAUGGUUUUCUUGGGACUUCAUACCUGCUUAAAAUUAGCUCCGCCCAGCACUUAACUUACACAAGGAAAACCGAUCGAUUGAAAACCUUGGCCUUCAAAGAUCACAGCUUGUCAUGAACGAUAAUUCUGACGCAAUAUUAGGCCCAAGAUAACAAGAUCAUUCACGGUCUAUCUGGUUCUACAGAAAGAUGGCUACAUCAAGCGUAAAAGACUCUAUCAAUGAGCUCGAAAAUAUUUGCGAGUGUUCCAUAUACUGUAAUACAUAUGAUGAGGACAAACACGUGCCCAGAAUACUGCCCUGCAACCAUACGUUUUGUACUGAUUGUCUAUCGAAACACUGCUCCCGUCAGAAAAUCGCGUGUCCAUUGUGUAAUAAGGUUCAUGUAAUCAGUAAUAAGAAUAUCCUUAUUUUCCCCAAAGACAACACGAGGCGUGAGUUGAAGAGUGUGCUUGAAAAGCUUUCCAAAAAUAUAUGUGGGGUUUGUGGACAAAACGAUAACAAUAGUUACUUCUGCUUUAGUUGUGACAUUCGCAUUUGUCCUAUAUGCUUUGCAGACAGAAGGGACACAACCUGUCGGAAUCACAAACUUGAUCGUAAUAACGAUUCUCAAUCUGCCUCCAAUGAUUUAUCUAAAAAGGAUAUGUCAUCUAGCAAAGUUCGUCUUUUAAAUGGACACGAGAAAAACGAACUGAAAUUCUACUGUACGGAAAGAAAUUGUUGUAAGAUUGUAUGCGCUAAUUGCAUUGUUGAAUCUCACUCAAAACAUAUUCAUUUGGUUAAGCCUGUGGGGCAUGAAUACGAAUCUCGUAAAAAAGUUAUGGGGGAUAAAUGUGCUGGAGUAAAGGAAAAGAUUGCCACGGCAAAACAAACUUUGAUCGAACUCAAUAAAGAAAGACUAGAAAUGAAAAGCAACUUUGAUAAAAGCAAAGAAAAACUGGGCAUGGUCACAAGGAAAGGAGUUCAAUAUUUGAAGCAAUUUGAGGAAAUGGAAAACAAGAAAUGGUCUAUCAAACUAACGAACAACCUCAGUAACCUUUAAAAAAAAUGCCGGGAAUGUUUACAGAACUUUAUUGACAAUGCAACAGAAUGCUGCACGAUUUCGGAGCGGUCAAUGGCAUCAGAAAAUAUAGCCAAGUUUUUGUCAACAGAAAAAAAUCUUUCACAAAAGUUGGACUGUUUUACCAAGAUGAUCGUCGAUCAAGAUAUCAAAAGGCUAUCGCCAAGUCAGAAAUUUGAAAUGAUCGAAACCAUUAAGGAAAUACAAAUUAAGGUCAAUGGGCUGACGGUUUCAUAAAACAGAUUACGUCGACUCCAAGCAAGUAUAUUCGGGGAUGAACAAUCCAACCGAUCUAUUUGUGAAUGUGUUAGAACUGCAGUCAGUUUAGUACUUUUAGCAAUCCAUCUUAUUUGUUUGGCAUCUUUCCUGCAAUCAAAGGAUGUGGAUAUUGAUAAUUCAUUUAUGGAGUUCUUAAACACCACGGAUUUCAUUUGCCAAUCUCGAGAUUUGCAAGUGUCGUCCAAUUUCCCUCUGGAUGAUUUAUCACAGACGUGUGGAAGAGAAGAUCAGUAUUACGUGUACAACGGGGCAUUUUCUAAUAGAUCUCUGACCAUUGCCAAGAAUGAUUCAAUUACGUUCAUAAUCCAUGUUCGUAAGAUAGAGGCGUCUGCUACGUUAUUUGAAUUUGGAAUGUCCAGUGCCUCGGUGUCCAGGAGGGAUUUGAUAGGAUCUCCUUCUAGGGAGUACCUUGGUUGGGUUUUAAAACGGUUUGACAACAGCAGACAGUAUAGUUUGAUGAAUACCAAUAGGCAGAUUAUAAACUCAAAUAUAAAUAUUAUAUUCUCCAGAUCCUUUAGAUUCAAAGUUGAAUUAUCUAGAAACAGAAGUGUUGUUCUAAGGUUGUUCGACGACAGCGAAAACAUUUUUGAAUAAAUUGACGAAAAAAGAUUACCUUUUCACAGUUAUAAAUGGUUUUUCUUUCUGAAACUCGCACAUUCUAACGAAGCAAAACUAAAAGCCAGUAUCAUCAGUAAAAAUCUAUCUUUUGAUCGAUCAACUUUAUAUCCUGGGAUGUUUAUUUCUGAAAACAACAAACAAAUUUCUAACAACCCGUCCACAGCUUUAACCGAAAGAUACAUAGAAGGAAAUAGUGUUUACCAGGAUAUUGUAUUGCAUAAUUGCAGUCAAAAGUGUAUGUAUGUUUUAAAGUUCAAAAUCAAAAAACAAAAACCAGGGAAAAUAUUUUCAUUGCAUUUGACGACCCCAAGAUUCCUUUCUAUGAAUAACCUCUAUAAUCUAUCAAUUUAUUCCGAUCUAUCUGUGGAUUCUUCCGUUCAGGCAAAUUUUGACACGAAUCUUGACGCAUUCCCUAAUGAUAGAUAUAACCAGCCCGGGGAAUGGGAAACAUUAAUCAUCGUUAUAGAUAAAAAGUUAAAAACUCUUUCCAGUUUUCUUCAGUCGUGUUUAGUACACAAAAUGAACAUCUCAUAGGUAGGGAUGAUCCAGUUUAGAGGUGGGCUGUUCACAAUCUCGAAGUAGAGUUUAUCAUUAAGAAAGGUAAAAAAGAGAAAUAUUCAAUUUGCUUUUGGAUAUUAACACACGUCUCAAAGAGUUUUGUCGAUUCACUGGAAGGACAAUUACCAUGUGAUUUGAUGCCAAACGACAUCAUGAUAUAUAUACCUAUCAUAUUUGUCCUUAUUUUGUUUGUUGUGGUGAAGGGCAGACGUGAAUAAGCAUGAAUAUACGUGAAAUUGUAACUGUUGAUGUAGGGUGUGUGUUUGUUAGCAAACGUGACAAUGUGAGAGACAUUCUUUAUUAAGUUGUUUACGUUGUAUGCAUACAGAGAAUGUAAAUAUGGAAUGUUGUGGGAUGUAUAGCUCAAAAUAAAGAUAACAAUCUUU